CCGUGGGGGGCGGCGAUGUCCCGUGGGGCGGCCGAGGGGGCCCCCGCGCCCCCCGGCCCCCCCCCAGCGCCGCCCCCGGGCACCCCCACGGUUUACGUCCUGCUGGAGGGACCCAGCACCCCUGAAACCCUCCGGCUGCUCAGCCUGAGCUCGGUGCUGCCCGAGUCGGGGAUCGUGGCCGACAUCGAGUGGGAACCGCCUGGCGGGGGGACCCCCGGGGACACCCCCAGUGACCCCCCUGGGGACCCCCCCGAAGACCCCCCCGGGACCCCCGCAGACACCCCCGGCACCUUCUACUGCCUGAAGAGCCAACCCCUGCCCCACAGUGCGGGGCCGGCCCCCCCGGCGGCCAUGGUGGCCCCCCCCGCCGCUCCCCCCUCCUCCCGGGUGCUGCUGCGGCAGCAGCUGAUGCGGGCACAGGCGCAAGAGCAAGAGCAGAGGGAGAGGAGGGGCCCCCCCGGCCCCCCCCGGCCCCAGGUCCCCCCGGUCCCCUCGCCCGCCAUCGCUGUCGGCGCCCCCCCGCCCCGGGCACCCCCCCACGUGCCCCCCGAGGUGCUCAAGGUGCAGACCCACCUGGAGAACCCCACGCGCUACCACCUGCGGGCGGCCCAGCGGCAGCAGGUCCGGCAGUACCUCACCUCCGCCCUUGGCCGGGGCCCCCCCAGCCCCCCGGGCCCCCCCCCGGCGCCCCCCGCCCCCCACAGCCCCCUGGCUCUCCUCCACAUCGGCCCCGGCUCCGAAAAAGAGAUCGAUGAUGUCAUCGAUGAGAUCAUCAGCCUGGAAUCCAGCUAUGACGAGCUGCUCAGCUUCGGUCCGGCCGAGGGCGGUCUGCAGCUCCCAAACACGCUGCCUGCCCCCGGCCCCCUCCUGGAGGUGUUCAGCCCCCCCCAGGGGGGCAGCAGCUCCUGCCCUGCCGAGCUGCCCCGUGUCAAGGCUGAGCUCUCGGAAACGGAGGCGAAGGCGCUGCUGAAGGAGCGGCAGAAGAAGGACAACCACAACCUGAUCGAGCGACGCCGACGGUUCAACAUCAAUGACCGCAUCAAGGAACUAGGGACCCUCAUCCCCAAAUCCAACGACCCGGAGAUGCGCUGGAACAAGGGCACCAUCCUGAAGGCCUCGGUGAAGGCCUCGGUGGAUUACAUCCGCAAGCUGCAGAAGGAAACGCAGCGCUCCCGCGAGCUCGAGCUGCACCAGCAGCGCCUGGAGCAAGCGAACCGCAGCCUUCAGCUCCGCGUCCAGGAGCUGGAGCUGCAGGCGCAGCUGCACGGGCUCCCCCUGAGCCCUGCGGCAGCGCCAGCGGCCGAAGGGGGGUGCGAAGAGGCCCCCGGGGGUCCCCCCUUCCCCCCAGGGGGCCCCCCCACUCCCCAGUGCCUCCUGGACCUCGCACUGGCCGACGACCUGCCCCCGGGGCUGGGCCUGCCCCUGGGCCUGGGGGGGCCCGAAGGGAGCUUGGAUGACAUCCUGAUGGACGACGCCGGGGGACUGUCACCCCUCGGCCCCCCUGGCGCCCUCCUCGCCUCCCCCGGGCCCUCCCGCGCCUCCAGCCCCCGCAGCAGCCUCAGCAUGGAGGAUGACUCCUGAAUGCCACCCGUGCCAUCCCUUUAAGGACCCUCGGGCGUGGCCCUUUUAAAGGACCCUCCCCACCACGUGCCCUUUUAAGGACUCCCAUGCACCCCUUGAAACCCCCCCCCCCCCCACCCAAACACCUCGAUGGCUGUUUCAGGUGGGCACCGCACGGUGCCAUUUUAAGGCUCUUAAAACGGGCGAGCCCUUUUUACGGCUGGCGUUCACCUUUUAAGGUGCUGCCACUGUGUUGCCCUUUUAAGAUGCCCGGUAUUGUUGGUGGACGCCCUUAAAGGACCUCGGCUGGGCAUGGCCCUUUAAGGGCGGGCCCACCGUGUGGCCCUUUUAAGGCGCUGGCGUCGCCCCCACUUGGAUGUGGCCCUUUUAAGGCUUCGGCCCCGCCCUUUCAAGAGGCAGCCCCGCCCCAGGGGAAAGCCCCGCCCCUCAGGGAAGCCCCGCCCCACCCCACGGAGAGGCCCCCCCCUUCCCCGGCUGGCCCCGCCCCUUCCCAGCUCUUCCCCCAACCAGUGGGCUCCUGGGGGCUGGGCCCCUCAGACGCGAAGCCCCGCCCUCCCCGCUGUCACUCUCACACCCGCCCCGCCCACCGUUACUAACCCACCUCGGUCCCGCCCUCUUUUAGAGGCCCCCGCCCACCGGCCCCACUUAAAGGAGCCGCCCCCCUCCUCCGCCCCCAUUUUGUACGGAAACCGUUCAAGUGGAAAAUAAACGUUUGUU